AUGGCUGCUGGCUGUAGUGCGAUGAGGUGCCCAUGUCUCUUUUCUCUCCCUCACUCGCUUCGUCUGCAGCACAGUGUUAGUUUGGCCCUUUUUUAUUUCAGCCUUCAUUCGGUGCAGGCCGUGUUAGUGUCUGGGUUGUUUUCAGCACGCAUCAAAUUUGUGAAACGAAGAAGAAGAAGGGGGUGGAAGAAGCAUCAGCGGACAACAAUGGUGGAGGAGUCAUGCAAAUAUGAGGAAAAGGAGGACGAAAGGGAUCGGCCAUGUGAGGAGGUGGUGGCUGCCAGUCGUCUCCGCGAGGCGUACGCUGCGGUAGAUCGCGAGAGUUUUGGUGCCCUCGGUGUGCAGGCUCUCUCGCCCCGCAUCCCAUGCGCCUCCAGUCUACUGGAGACAUUCCCGUCACUCCGCGAGCUCUUUACCGUGACGCUUAAUCUUGAAGUACUGCUGAGGCGCCGCGAGGGGGACGCCCUUCGCACCAUUCGGGAGAAGCACCUCAAGUGGUACAAGCGCAUCUUUCACACCCUCCACGGCGUGCACGACAUUCACGCCCUCCUGCGGUAUUGGGUUAAAGGCAUGGUUCUCUAUGAGUUUUGUGAGAUUAACCGACACAUGGAGAAGGAGGACGACGAAGAAGAAGAAGAAAUUAACAACGAUACAGGAAGGCAAAAUUGUGAAAGGGGAGGAGUGAUGCGGGCGGCAGAUUAUGCUAUGGAGUUGCGAGAAGCACUUCGCCGCUUUCCCAAGUUGGUGGCCUUUUUGUUUUUGUCAAAAAGCCAGGAAUAUUGGGCGCAGACACUCAGUGAGGUGAUAAGAGAAGAUGUGGGAAGUAGUCUCAGUGAUAGGCUGAAGCUAAAUGUGCUGCAGCGUCUGUUGAUGAAAGUCCUGCAGUGCCAGCGACAGCGAAGGUAUGGUGUGUUAAGAUGUGAACAUUUCGCUACUGUGCAUCCCCAUUGCCACAAUAAUGGCAAUCCGUUACAUGUAGUUGAAGAGGUACGGCAGAAGCUGACAGUUGGGAAUCCCUCUGUGGACAUAUCUGAGCUUAUUCAGCUUUUCUCGCAUCCCGCACGAGAUGCAGAGGAGCGUCUUGUGAUAACAGUCUUGCAGAGUGUCGUGCAUGGCUGCCGAGGGUUCUUUCAGCGGGAAGCGCUGUUGUCAUUGCUGGAACCUGGCAUCAGCGAGGAGUCACGUCAUGUAUUUCUUCUCAAGAUAUGGCCACAGUAUUGGAACAAUGAGCUUGAGGUAAUGCGUGAGCUGCCCGCUGUGGAGGAGGCAUGUGUUAAAGGCAUCCUUGUGAAGCUUGUGUUCUUCUGGGAAACCGGCAACGAUGUUUCCGUGCAAGAAACAUCCAACGCCCCAUGUGGCCUGCGUCCAUAUUAUAUCUUCCAUCUAAUGCGGGCGACUCUCCAGCCUCUCCUUGAUGCACUGUUUGCCCUUGAUGCCGCCGCGGAGGAAAGUGAGACGCGAAGCACCUUGGAACUGUUGCUUGACAUCGCCAAUAGCAUGGCCUGCAUUGAGGCACCCCCACGACGGACGCUGCGGUUGUGGGAUCAAGUUGGGGCUGGCGCAGCGUUGCCGAGCAGCAUUCCGAGGGAGGUUGGGUACGUUGUGAUGGCGGAUGUGUGCCGUGCAUUUCUGGAGGUACGACUUCCCACGGCGGUGGAUCAUUUUCUUAGCGGAGGUGAAAUCCCUGAAGAACAGCGGUGGCCGCGGCUUAUCGCCUACCUGAUUCGGACUGAACAUGUGUUCCAUCGCCUGUGCGAGAUGCGAUUGCUGAAGGCAAAGCUGCUUGACAACUGCAGCGCAGUGCCAUGCUUCUACGGCAUUGCGAAAAACGCCAUUGCCAAUCAACUGCAACGAAAAAGGAGUGCGGAUUUGUUUGUUGAAACUCUUCUUGGCAUCAUGCAGGCGUAUCUUCUGCACGGAAGCCAUGAAGAGGCAGAGGUGCGACGUGUUGGCGGUGGUGGACGGGCAAAAACGGUGGUGGUGUCGCUGCACAACGAGGACGAGGUAAUGUCGGCUGUGCGACUUGCUUUUAGUGUCUCUUCAAUCGACAGAUUUUUGCGUCUUUACAAGGAACUUCUUGCCUAUCGACUUCUCUUUUAUGCGGUGGGGCGAGCGCGUGACGGCAGUGUGGACGCAAUGGAGGCACGGCGGGAGAAACUGCAGACGGAAAAGCUGGUGUGUAAGUACCUGCAUGAAUUGCUUCCACUCGAACGCAACGCAAUACAGCAGAUGAUUCAGAUGUGUAUGGACAUGGAGACCGGUAAAAAUGCGCCUGAGGGAUAUGAUCCACAGGCACUACAACCGGAGCAGUGUGGACACGGUGCAGAGACUGUUACUGUCCGGCCUACACUGAGGCUUCUUUCACGCCUUGCGUGGCCCUCGUAUCCUUUGCUUACAGAUGUGCCACAACCUCUGCAUAAUGCCAUGGAUCAGUUUGCGCGCUUCUAUCACGCGCAGUACAGUAAUCGGCGCGUUGUGUGGCUUCGCACCUCCAUGGAGACCAUCACCUUCACCGUAGCAUACCCGCAGGCAGGGAAGGUCAUUGUAGGCUCGUUGGAGUUGUUUAAUAUUUUCCAAUUUCUCAGCGAGGCGGGUACUUCAGGCACGACGUGGACGCUUCUCGCCCAGCGCAUUGGCAAAGACAAAACUCUGUUGCAGCGAGGACUGAAGAAACUCAUCCAUGACGGUUUCUUCAAGAUACAAAUGGGCUCUGGGGAGGAGAGCGUGGCAUUGAAUGCCGCCUUUAAAUCACACAAGCCGCGCUAUAACUUCCUUCAACCGCCGCCGCGGGUUGGGGCGUUAUUGGAGGAAAACGGAAUUAUUAACGAAGAAGUGCAUCGCUCUCGCAUAGCUUCCAUACAGGCAGUCAUCAUCAAGCACAUGAAGAGCGUGCGUACCUGUCUGUACGAUGAGCUCUUUUGUUGGACACGGCAGCAAAAUCCCCAGUUUCAGUUACAAAACAGUGACUUUAAGUUGGCUUUGGAAAUGUUAAUCGAGAAGGAAUUCGUGCAAAGGGACCCGUCGCAGAAGCAACGGUUUGUGUACAAAGCCUGA